AUGUCUGAACCACUGGGGGAACCUGUUAAGCGGCAAAAAAUUUCUGAUGACGGUGAAGCAGCUAUUUCCCUUAUGGAAUCUUUGCCUUCUGUUCAGUCUACUCGUCUUUCUGCACGAUUACACGAUAUGCGAGCUGAAAUUUCCCAGCUAAAAAAUGAAAAAUCCCAGUUAUCCACAAAAUUCAAUCAAAUAUCUUCUUUUUUAUCUAAAUUCAAUGCAUCUUGAGCAAAGGUAUUUGAUAAAUAGCUUAUAAGCAAUAUACCUCCCUAUUUUCCCUAUAUUAAUUUUUUUUUAAUUUUUUUAAAAUUCCUAUUCAGUUUACUAUAAAAUAUCCGAUCUAUUAUCCAAGCCUUUAGUAAUGAGCCUGGAGAAAUAGAUACAAACAUGGAGCCGAGCCCGUUUGACAUUAUUCUCAAAGAUGAAGAAGGCUUAGAGCAGCUCUCAGAACUCACCCAUGGUUCUAUUAAGCAGCUUCUCUUGCUUAUUGAUUCUUUGAAAAAAAGCCAAAACCACCAUGAAACAUGUGUAAAUAAUGAAGAAUUGUUUCAAAAAAACAUUAAUCUUUCUGCACAGAUACAUGAGCUCCAAGGAGAACUUAGCGUUCUUAAUGAUACUAAAAAUGCUUUAACACAGGAAAUUUCUAUAUGUUUUAAAAUAAAUGUGGAUAUUUAUUUUUUAUAUAAAAAUAAAAAAAUUUCAUUUAUAUUAGAAGGCAUAAUUUAACCAAUUUAAAUGAAGAUUUACGCAGCCUAAAUGAACGGCUCAAUGUAAGGCUCUCAAAUUCGAAAACUGAUGGAAAUUGUAAAUGCCCCUGCAAGUGUGGAGCCAGAAAUCAAAAUAAUAAUGGUGAAGAAAUCAAAGAUGUAGUCGAGGUAACUGAAGAGCUAAAACAAAUAAUCAAAGAAAGAGACAUGUUUAAAAAAGGCUUUGAGGACGAUUUUUUAGCGAAAUUUAAAACAGGGUAUGAAGAUUUAACAUCAGAAGAGCGGCUUUUACAGUCAAAAGUCUUUAAAAAUAUAUUAUACCAGGCUAGGACUUUAAAGAAAAGGCUUGAUAGAUAUAGGGAUACGAAUGACGAUCUUUAUAAAUAUAAAGAAGAUUAUGAUGAUAAAAUCAGUAGAGAAACCUAUAAAAUAAGGAAAAGAGAGGAGGAAAAAAGAGAGGAUUUAUUGAAGCAAAUACAUGAGCUUAAUAAAAAAAUCAAUGCUAUUGAAAAUGAAAAAAAUGCUUUGGCUAGUAAAUUAUAAAUUAUUGUAUUAAAUUGGCACUAAAAUGAGAACACUAAUACAUAUUUUUAAAUAGAUAAUGAUUUUUUAUUUAUAUUUUUAUAUUAAGAUUAGUCUAGGAAAGUAUAGAAAAUUUGCAAUCAGCUAGUAAAGAGCCUGCAAAUCAAGCACAUUAUUUAAAUUUAAUUGAGACUCUUGAAAAAGAAUGCACAGCCAGAAAAAGCUCAAAUGAAGAAUUAAGGAGGCUUAACAGUGAGCUCUCAUACAGGCUGGAAUCUGCCAACAAAAAACUCACUGAUUCUUUAGAAACUCUUAAAAAUGUUGAAGGAGAAGAUAGAAGAGCUAAAGAAAUCCAAAUGCUAAAAGCACAAAUAGACGAGCUAAAAAAAGAAAUAAAAAUUGAGCAGUCUACCAAUGAAAAUUUAAUAAAAGAGCUUGAUGUCACUGGAACCGCUUAUGAAGAAUCCCUUAACUUGCCCCUCCCUUCAUAAGAAAAUAAAAAAAUAAUUUAUGGUAAAAUAUUUUUUAUAUAUAAGUGAUAAGUGUUAUAAUGAAAUCACUAGCUAAUUUUGCUGAUUUUUAAACAACUUGACUUUAAAGAAUAAUUUUAACAAAUUAAAUUAAUUUUUUGUUUUCCAAUUUUUACAAAUUUGAAUUUUUUUAAAUUUCGUAAUAAAAAAUUGUCUAUAAAAUUUAUUUAUUUUAUUUUGUAGGCUUACGGAGAGUAAGAAAAAUAAAACACUUGCACAACAAAUUAAUGAGCAGGAACAAAAUUAUAUACAAUUAAUGAAUGAAAGGGUGAAAGAAAGCGGAUGGAAAGCUCUUCAUGAUAAAGAAAAACAAGCUUAUGAAAUGAAGAUUCAGUCACUUGAAGAGCUAAUUAAUCAGCUAAAUAGUGUAGUAAAAGAAAAAGAAAAUCAGUAUAACGAAUUGAAGACGAUGAUUGAUAGUCUUGAAUCAGCGAUGAGAAAAAGCGAACACAAACUUACCCACGAAUUAUUACAAAAAACAAUUUAAUUUAAUUUUUUUUUAAAAUUUAUUAAAAUAUUUUUUAAAAAAUAUUUAAUUAUAAGGAGAGCUAGAGAAUUCCAAGAAAAACAUGAAGAGAGCAUUAAAAGAUACCAGGAAAUCGAAGAAUUAAAUAAAGAACUCAAACAAAAUUUAGAAAAAGGCAGGCAGCAUUGCGAAAAAAACGCAAAAGAUAUUUUUGAAUUAAAAAUAAAACUCCAAGAAUCUGAAGAAAAAUAUAUUGAGCAAGAAGAAAUGCACAAAAAAGAAAUAAAUACUGACAACUUAAGAUCAACAGAUGAAAUUCUUAAUACAGAUCUUACCAGAUACAGGGUAAUUCCUAUAUAGAAAAUGAUCAGGUGCUCUCAGUGCUCCGAGAGGAUCCGAGAAGUGGUCAUUACAAAAUGUUUCCACACUUUCUGCAAAAAAUGUAUUGACGACAAUUUGGCCUUAAGAAAAAGAAAAUGCCCAAGUUGCCUUACUAAGUUUGGCGAAAUGGACGUCAAGAAAAUUUGGUGGAAUUAG